AUGGACGUAUUUAACUCGGCGCUCAAAAACCCGCUACCGCCGCAGCGCAAAAAAGAACGCUCAGAACCUCCCGCGCGAUCCGAAUCGCCACCAGAGGAAGACCGCCGCAAGAAAAAUUCACGCCGGAAACACCGCAACUCGCACUUGGGCUGUGGCACCUGUAAGAAGCGCCGCAUCAAGUGCGAUGAAAACCUUCCGCAGUGUUUCAACUGUGUGAAAGGGAAGCUCCAUUGUGCCUAUCUUAACUUGGACGCACCUGCCCGUAAUGCAUUGCGCAUGGCCCAGUUCAACCAAAACUUACGUCAUGAUCGCCACGAAGAACCCAUGCUGCUUCCGAUGGACAUGCCUGAUCCAGCCCGCGACCGACCUAUGCCCCCGCCCGAAAUGAUGCGCGAUCCGCGCGCAGAGUUUUACCCAGGCGGCUUUGUUCCGUACGCGCGCGCGCCUGUCAAAGGGCCCCAGAUGGGUCCUUCGCCCUAUCCCAUGGUUCAGCUUCAGCCCAUGCCUGUGGCUCCUGUGCAAUAUCCGCCCAUGUCCGUGCGAAUGAUGGCUCCGCCACAGGGAGUAUACAUGCCAUCAGAGCAAAUGGUGCUAGUUCACGAUGAUCGGUACGACUAUAUGCAACGGGUUCCAUCCGUUCAAGUGGGCCAGGUUCCACAGGUCCCACAAGUUCCCCAAGUCACGCAGCCGAUUUCGCAAGUGCCUCAAGUUUCUCCUCCCCAAUUGACCAUGCAAGGCCCGGUUCCAGGACCUGGCGUUUCGGGUCUGCAGGGCCUGGUUCCACAAGCUGAUCAAAUUCCCCAUGCCGUGCCACCUGUGCUGCAGGUUCAAGUUCCGCUGUCAAUUCCCCAGGUGUCAUCUGUUCCGCCUGCAAACGUGCCGAUGAUUGCAACGCCAGGGGCCAAUCAGCAUUCCAUGCAAAGCGCAGGCGCAUCGCGCGGUUCGGCGGACCUGGGGGAGUUGGGCGAGGGCGAAGUUUUGCCGCCCAUUGCUACCCUUGCGCGCCCACGUCUGCCUGAGAAAGAAUCUCCGCCGCUCACUAAUAAGGCACCUUCGAUCCUGAAGCUAAUCACAUAA